CUAGGGCCGGGCUCACGCACAAAUAAACCUAAACCCUAGAUCCCGAUCGGUAAACGCAGCUCCUCGUCGGCGAGGCCUUUAACGUAGACAGCUAAAUCCUCUCCGCUACUCUCCAGGUGACGAUUCGAAUCCAUGGCGGAGCAUUUAGCUUCAAUCUUCGGCACCGAGAAGGACAGAGUAAACUGCCCUUUCUACUUCAAGAUCGGCGCGUGCCGUCACGGAGACCGUUGCUCCCGUCUCCACAACCGCCCCACAAUCUCCCCCACCCUCCUCCUCUCCAACAUGUACCAGAGACCCGACAUGAUCACCCCCGGCGUGGACCCUCAGGGGCAGCCCUUAGACCCGAGCAAGAUCCAGGCCCACUUCGAGGAUUUCUACGAGGACAUAUUCGAGGAGCUCGACAAGUUCGGCGAGAUGGAGUCUCUCAACGUCUGCGACAAUCUCGCUGACCACAUGAUUGGCAAUGUCUACGUCCUCUUCAAGGAGGAGGACCAGGCCGCCGCCGCCCUCAAGGCUCUGCAGGGGAGGUUCUAUUCGGGGCGUCCCAUCAUUGCUGAUUUCUCUCCCGUGACGGAUUUUAGGGAGGCUACUUGCAGGCAGUACGAGGAGGAUAACUGUAACCGCGGCGGUUACUGCAAUUUUAUGCACGUGAAGCAGAUUUCGAGGGAGCUUAGGAGGAAGUUGUUUGGGAGGUAUCGUAGGUCGUACCGCCGUGGGAGCAGGAGUAGGAGCAGGAGCAGGAGCAGGAGCAGGAGUGUAAGCCCCAGGCGCAAGAGAGAGCGAGGGGAUGUUAGGGAGCGUGACCGCCAUGGGAAUGGGAAAAGAAGCAGUGAUAGGUCGGAGAGGCAUGACAGGGAUGGUGGUGGUGGUGGUGGGAGGAGGAGACAUGGUAGCCCGAGACGUAGCAGGAGCCCUGUUGUUGUGAGAGAAGGUAGCGAGGAAAGGAGGGCGAGGAUUGAGCAAUGGAACAAAGAACGUGAUGAGGGUGUUUAAGUGUUUUUUUUUUUUUGUUCUCUUCGUUGGCUGUUGUGCUGAUUUGAUUGUCUCGUAAUGGAUAUUUUAUUUGGUGUUUUUUGUUAGAACUUGUGAGUGGCAUGAGACUGGCUUUCCUUAGAUAUAAAGUAAGGUGAACUACUUUUUUCUUGUUUAGAAACUAGUUCGUGUGAAAUGGAUCCUUUGGUAGUUUUGUUGUUGUUCUU